AUGCUUCACAUGAUCAACAGCAUAGAGCAGCUGGACGCAGUCCCCAUGAGCGAGGCGUGGCAGUUCGUGAAGAAGACGUACGUGGAGAAUGAGAAUUACAUUCUACACAUCUGGGGUGGGGUUCCAGAUGCAGCUGGUCGCUACAACGUUGAGCUGGCGUGCAGGCGCCCUCGCAACAGCAGGCGCCAGGGCGCCACGAUCCAUAAGUACGCGAAGAUCAUCCUCCGCGACGGCAUGAUGGAAGCAUUUCGCGGUCGGCUCUUGGCCGUGAACGACGACGGCGAGAGCGGGACCGCCAAGCUCGACCAAAAUAACCAGCUCAUGGGCGGCGCGGGCAUCGUGGGGGCUGCGAAGGUGGCGAAACGCAUGGAGCCAGACAACGUCAACAUCAAGCGCCUUGAGAAGUCAGGCAUCGCGGGUUGCAUGCGCCUCAAGGCGUGCACUCCAGAUUUUGUCCUGGACUGGUUGAAAGCGAAACAUAACUCUUUCCACGUGGGCGUUGGGGCGACGCUCGUGGAGGUUCUCGAAGUGGCAGUGGUAAUCGAAGAUGCUUGGUCGUCAUGUUGCAGGAACAACAGGAUCAGCUCAGCGUCGUGCCCAACGGCUGGCGAGUUCACUUUCCAGAACAUCUACCGUCGGUUCGUCGCCCAACAGAUCGGGGGCCUUGACCGCGAGGGCUCCGGCUGGUUUACCAACCCCUACCAUUACGAGUCGGCCAAGAAAGCUUACAAUUUCAUGACUCGGAUCGGGGUUUGGUCCUCAGUGAAGCUGCGCAUGGAAAAGUUCGCCGACUUUACAGAUCGCACCUUUCGUAAAGAUGUUGCGUGUCACUGCAUGAGGGACGCGUGCGUCACGAUGGAGCAGAUCGAGAAGGGGAUCUGCGACAUUGAUGCCUGGAAGGUCCUGUCGACGGAGCUGCUCAAGCUGUGCGUGCAGCACGUGCCAGGACCCGCAAGCGCAUGCCCGUGGCUCCCCAAGGACCCGACCACCACGCAGACCUUGUUGAGCAGGCUGUUCAAACAAAUGCUUGAUCAUGCCGACGACGUUUGGGUGCUCACCAUGAUCAAGAAGGUCAGCGUUCUCAUGAGCUGCCUGAAGAAGAAGGACUACGAGAGUGCGCAGCCGCUGGUUAUGAAGUCUAUCGCGUUCGCACUCGGGGAGCCCAAGGGGAGCUGGAAGGCGAGGUGGCGAGAGAUCGAGUCGGCCUUUGUCGAUCUCCACGGUUCGGCUGUGAAUUUCAACGUGCCCCACUGGUCUAACAUCAUGCUGAACGACCCGAAAGCAGUGACCACGAUGAAGGGCGUCAUUGAGCACCUCGCCAAGAAGAGCGCGGAGCAAGCGGUUGCUUCACUGUCGGAGUUUGACGGCAAGUCCGAGGCUGACGCAGGAGUUCUUCAACGUGACGCGACGGUGGCGGAGUUCUUCGAGGGCCUCAAUGUUCUCUCGAGGUCUCAAGACGCGGUAUUGCAUUCCACCUUGUUCCUUAACCCCAGCAACGCGAGGGUGGGCUCGAAGUUCCACCCUGCGUUUGCCAGCCUCGCGACGUCGCUUGGUGGCAAGGUGUCGGGGACCGUCCAGAUGGAGGAGCUCUUCAAGAUCACGCACGAGUCGCUUCGGGACGUUUGCCCUGCCAAAUUCAUGAAGUUCUGCGGGGUGGUCAUGGCCAUCGUCAACCACCCCGAGGCCAGGAAGGACUUGGAGUACACGAAGAUCAACCUGUGCGGCCGCUCGAAUGGCCUCUUCCCCGACUGGGACUCUGCGCUCAGGGCUUCAAGGCUUCACUGGGUGUACUCGCUGGAGCUGUUGGGGGCGAUGAUGGGCGGCAGCUUUAAGGUGACCGAGAAGGACUACGGCUGCGUCUUUGAGCAGUUGGGCAAGGCCGCCGCGCCUGGCUCGGACUUGGGCGAUUUCCUCUUGAACCAGUCGUGCAAGUUCUACGACGUCGGUCAGGAAGCCUGGGUAAAGUUCCUUUGCGAUAUGUUCGGCUUCAUCUUUCAGCAGCACGAAGCUGGUGGCGACUUGGAUGUAGAGGGGCUCAAGAAGCUUUGGGAUUCGGUGUCUGCCCCAUCCGUGGCACAGGGCCUGCAGGAUCCGCCCCCCAGCGAGGUGCUACCAGAAGAUGCGGCGAUGACAAUUACUUCGAUUCGCAACCAGUGGGCCCCUCCGUCGUCGGAUGGUAGCUCGACCAGCGUGGUUGGGCCAAACGUUUUGAGCUUCAUGAUGGCAUUGGGGCAGUACCUCUACCACGCGUUCAUCUGCUCGGCCACUUCGACCCUCUCCGUAGACAAGGUCGCGCUCUUCCCCGACAAGAACCUGUCGAACAUCAAGGUGGACAUGUCGUUGCCGGCUGCCCAGUGGAAGCCUACGGCGGAUGACGUCUCUGACACCGCGGUCAUGAACUUCGCUGGUAAGAUCACCAGGAGGCAGAAUGACAAGAUCCCGUCGCUGCACGUGUGCUCAGCGUUCGGCCAGUACUUUUUCGUGGAGGCGGGGCCGUUCGGUUCGUUCGACCACGACGGCUUCGCCCCCGCGUGGUGCAUCCCCGAGGUGAAGACGUCGAAGAAGCGCAAGGGCCAGGUCGAUGAUGAUACCGCCGAGGGCAGCAAGAAUAAGAACACGACAUCGGAUCAGAAUCAGACCCCGUCCAUGGAGCUGCACUCGACCAAUUUCAAGUUCGAGCACGCGUGGACCAACUUCCCCCAGACUGUCUUGGUCCAGGUUGAUUGCAAGAUUCACUACCUGAAGUUCAACAGCAAGUAUGUAGGCUUCGCCCAGGUCCCUGUCACGCGCGGGGCUUUCCCACCCUCGCCCGUAGAGCUCAAGGGGCGCAAGCUCACGCUGCCUGCGGCCCUCAUGGGCCCGACGCCAAAGGCGAAGGCCAAGGCCACCAAGGGCGGGUCGAAGGGCGACCAAGCCUUCGUAAAGGCCACGAAGCAUCUGGUCAAGUAG